AUGCAAGUCCUCCAUAACGCGUUAAUCCGCACCCACCACAUCACCUCGCGCAAAAAAGUAGCCGUGCUCAAACGCGCCGCCGACACACACCAAUGCGCUGUCCUCCUGCGAUCUGGUGGAUGUCCAGGGAUCAUGUACGUCGAGGGCCAGAAAGAGCGGGUCGAGAGCUGGGUGGAUGUAGUGCGGCGACUACGAUAUAAGGAUUUCCAGCUGGUGACGAGGGCCGCGGCAGUGGAACAGGAACAGGAAGAUGGAUAUGAGCAAAGUGGGAAGGGCUCACCGGGAUUGGCGUUGGGGUUGGAUGAGGUGGAAAGUGUAAAGGAGUUUGGGGGCAUCAUGGCACAGAGGGGUAUUUGGAAUUGGUGGAGACGGGGAAUGGGAUAUACUUGA